AACGUCGCUCAGACAUCCAAACAAACCUACUAACGUUUGUGUGAUCGAUGCCGGAGUCUAUGACUCAAUCCUAGAAUAAUCCAGAAACAGAACCAUUUCUUGCCACAUGGAAGCCUUAGCCCUGCUGGUCGAGGACUUGAACCAUACGAACAAGGUUCAAAGGAAGCGAAAUCUGAUCAAAAUCAAGGAGACACUUGAAAAACUAGAUGAUGAUAAUCUGGAAGAGCUGUGGAGUCAUCAUCAGAGGGAGCUAUUCAAAACGCUCGAGGAUGAGAGCGAGCGAUGUCGGGAGAUUGGUGGGGAAAUCCUUAUACUUGUCCUUUCUCGAACUUCCUCCAACCUUGAUCCGGGAGCCAAUGUGCUGAUCCCUAGAAUCAAAAUAUCCAUCACGGUCGACCCUUUCGAGCCUUCCGAAGAGGUUCGGCUCAUUUUGGUCCAAAUCUUGACGCAAUUGUCGCAAAAACGGUUCGAAGGACAAAUCAGACCCUUUUUAGAUGACUUGAUGAAAAUUCUUCAACAAUUGUUGCUGGAUGCUUUUCCACAAAUCAAGAUUCAAGCUAGUCAAGUUAUUCAAGAUUUAUCCAAUGCCCUGAACGCCGAUUUCCACUUAAACGCUGGAUCAGCACUCUUGCCAAAUCUGAUCAAGAACCUGAAUCAUCAGCAACAAAAGGUCCGAAUCGCUACCAUUAAGGCCAUAGGAUGCGUCUGUCAGCAUGGUUCAAGCGAGGAUUUCAAGCAAGCGGCUCCACAAUUGGCUCAAAGGCUGUUCGAUCCAAUCCCGGGGGUUCGAAUGGCCGUUGGCGAAGUAUCCGGAUCACUGGCAGUCAAUUGGAAUUUUAGACAUGUUAAUGCACCCUUGCUUCUGCCACUUUUGAUCACAGGACUUGAGGAUGAAUAUCAAGACAACCGGCAUCGCGUCCGCGUUUUGUGGGAAAUAGCUGGAGAACAAUGGUUGAGAGAGGAAGUGGUACGAGAUAAACGGAUCAAAGAGGCAGUGGACUUUCCCAGCGAAGCCCCUCGUCAUUACCCAGCCAAUGUGGAGCGUCGUCCAUCAUUUGGUUGUCGUUUAUGGAUCUCGCGGAACUUUUACAAGCUGAAGGAAGCUUUGGCACACGAUCUCAAGGAUUGGUUGGUCGAAACUAGAGUCAAAACCGCCCAAUUGCUAUACAUCCUCAUUCUACAUAUGGAGAGUGAAAUUGUGGCAUUUGCUGAGAAUGUCUUGAACUUGUUCACAACUGGCAUACGUGAUAUCGAAAGUCCCGUCCAAGACUAUAUUUGCAGAUCAGCCAAGCUUUUCGGGUAUUUUGUGCCACCUCGUCAUUGGCUCUCCUUGGUCAGUGCCCGAAUCCAAGAAGAUCCCAAUGUUCACGAUCUAAGAGUAUUAUCGUGCAUUUUAAGUGGAUCGGACCCUGUAUUACUCGAAGGGCAUCUGGAAGACCUCGGGCUAUUUCUGCAGGAAGAUAACAUUUGUUUAAAGAUGGAUGUAAGAUCAACGGAUCUGCACCAGAAAGCGAUGUUGGACGUCAGUAAUUCUCUGAUAUCCGUGUGCCAACACAAAUCUUCGAACAUUCAAUCCCAAUUGUUUAAGAUCCUCUUCUGUGUUCAUUCCCUCGCUCAAGAUGAAGCCCUCAAAGCUAGUGGAAAAGAGUUUCUUGUUCAUCUGGCCUCGUUAUUUGGUCAUGAUUCACUCCAGACCUUAAUUAAAUUGGAAAUGGGACCAUUGCUGAAACAAUUCAGGAGCAAUUGUUCCAAUUGGGGAUCGACUUCAUAUGAACUGACCAUGUUCACCCAUCUUCUGGCUGAAGCUCAAAGUAACUCUGGAUACUACACUGAAGAUAUCCUGGCCAUUUUUAAAACAACCUUAAAGGAUGACAACCUGCCCGAGAUGAAAUCACGGAUCCUUCUUUGUCUGGCCAAGCAAAUGAAGAACUGUCAAGAGACAUUGAAUUCUCAGAAGCAGUUUCAAAACUAUUCAAAAACCGUCAUUACAACCUUGGUCCUACCUCAUUUGGAGUGGCAUGCUGGACAAAAGGCUCAAGCCGUUCGACUUGGGGCUAUUUCAGUACUGUGGAGUAUUUUCGUCUCCAAAGUGGUCGAUCAUACACGUUUGGAACCUAUUUUGAGCUCGAUCUUACUCCAUAUGAACAAACUGGUUGAGGACAACUCCGACCAAAUCCGUAGUUUGGUGUUGAAAGCCUUUUACGAAUUGUUGGACAUCUUUGGCCGACAGUUUCCCGAGGACAACCUUCUCAAAACUCUUUCAAUUAUUGAUGAGCGACUAAAUGAUGUUUCGGAUGAAGUCCGAUUGAUCGCGUUGGAGGUACUCCAAAAGGGUUCAGAGAGUUUCCAAGAAACCCAAAGUCAAAAGUUGUUGGAAUAUCUGAGUCAUCUGAUACCAAAGUUGCUGAUUCAUAUGGAUGACGACAAUGCGAAGAUACGUGGUGCAUCUUUGGAUUCACUGAAGCUUCUUUGCCGACGCUUUUCAGUUCCUGUGAAGUCGGUUGUGGCUGAAAAAUCUGCUCAACACAAGCAUCAAAUGGAAGUUACUACUCUUUUAGAACAUUUGUCGUCAUUAAGCAUGAAUAAUGAUGUCUAAGACUACAACAAGGGAACCCUCGAAUUGAA